AAAACAUGGCGUCUAUGAGGGGAUAAAGCUGGGUUUUUUAACCGUUUUGGAGCCCUUGUGUUUUAAUCAUCUGAUCAGGUUCUCAGCUGUAGGCAGCUCUUUAUCAGAGAGACUUGAUGCUGUUUGCGGAGGGAAAUCCGCGUCUUGUGGGCAUACUGCAACGCCGUGACGCAACUCGCACUCUCCUGCUGCAUCACUAUAAAAUAUGAAUCACCAGUGUGCCGACGAUCGGGUCCUGAUUUGGGUGUAAAUAUCAUGUAAUUGGUGAGGAAGGAGGGGGGUGUGGCGCAAAGUAUCGGCCAUUCACUAAAAUCAGUACAAGCCCGGAGCUGGUGCACUCGUGCACAGGGAGCCAGGUUUGAUCGCUGUGGCGCUGUCUGUGUGCUCGGACUCCGGCUGGGUUCUCAGGCCAGCCAGCCUUCGGCAGCCAUCCCCGCCGUGCCCCGUCCCUCCGCAGGCUCCGGGCUGCAGAUAAAAGCGCUCCACGCAGGGACUCGCAUCGCGUUACGCAGCUUCAAAGCCUGGAUGCAGGGCGAGCCAGUGGCCUGGGGAUGAUGAUGCGAUGCCCACGGUGUGAUUAAAGGUACGUCAGCAUCGUGAUCCAUGGCUGUGCUGUGUGUGUCCGAGCAGAUUGUGAUCCGAGAGAAGAUUGAAUGCCUCUAAAAUCUCAAGGCCGUGAGCCCUGUGCAGGGUGAUGAUGAGCAGUCAGGGCGGCAGCAGCAGGGGAAGUGGCCAGCAUGCUGCCACUCCGCCCCCUCGUCACACCCCUGGACCCAAGCUGCAGGUCCAGCGUUCCCACUCUCGUGACACCAUCACCAUACACUUCUCUGCUCUGGGGAAAGAGGAAGACGAUGAGGAAGAGGAGCUCUUUGGGAUACCCGCUGGAUCUGUUAAAGACAAGUCUGUCCUCGAUGGUACAGGGGGGCUUCAAGGUCCAGCUUCAGCAGCUGAUGACCGGUGCGUUGCUACAGGCUUGGAAGCAAAAGAGGAACUGCUGUUUGAAUCUGCUGGUGCAGACACCCCCUCGGGACCUGCUGUUCUCCCAGUUUUAUCUACCACCUUAUCUGUGCAGCCCUCAGACCCUCAGCCACACACACACUCUCCUGCCUUGACUAUUAAUCCCACAUCCACCCUCUCCUCCAAUCCUCCUGCCAGCUCCUCCUGGCCGUCUGAACGGCUCCCGGUCAAUCCCUCCCCCGCAAGCUCCAGCUCCUCUUCACCAUGCAAGUCUGCAGCACUGUCAUCCUCCAAGCCUUUUCUUAGUCUGGUUAGGUCUUUGUCCAAUGACGUUGAGUCUCGAGAAACUGUCCCUUCACUUUCCACCGUAGCACCAACCCACGCACGUCAUCGACACUUAAUGAAGUCUUUUGUUAAGUCUCUGUCCACGGACGCUUCCAAGGCUGACCAUUCGGAAGGGCCUCUUCAGCAUCAGCAAAUACAGCCAUCCCAUCGGCCUCCACCUCGCAACAUGCAACUCUUCAAACAGUUCUCCCAACCCCGUUUAUCCUCCAGUCCCGUCAUUGUCACUCAAGCAGGUGGAGACUCUAAAACAGCCCCCUCCUCCCCCAUCAUGUCUCCAGAUGGUAGGUCCUUCUUCAAAGUCCAAGAGGUGGAGGCCAAGAUAGAGGAUACCAAGCGGCGGCUAUCGGAAGUGAUGUCAGACCCUCUGCAGCUUUUUAGUAAGAUAAUGGGGGAUGAGUCUGGUACGGGGUCUGCUGGAAGUGCUGCUUAUCGUGCCAAAUCGCUGUCCUCCAGCGCGUCGGAGCUCAGCGGAGUAACAGCGGUAAAUGGACACGGAGAAGGUGGCAACAACUACAGCAUAAAAGAGGAGGAAGGGGCAGAAGGAGAAGACGAGGAAGAAACCCCCACAGCUAAGGGCCCAGAGUCAGGUUUUUUCUCUUUCCCGUCACUCGCGCCAGCCCUCACCCAGGCCUCAUCUUCUGCCCUCCACAAAUCUCCCUCUCUCACUCUGGGCCGCUGUUCGAUGUCAGCCCUGGUAGCUCGACAGGAAGACGAGGACUUCUGUGAGCUGUACAGCGAAGACUUUGAGUUAUGUACUGACACAGAGACACCGGACGGUGAUCGUUCUGGGUCCCGGCAACCCCAUACUGGUAGCACUGGUUUGUGUAGUGAGCUCGAUCCAGAGGACGAGAGAGCCGAAGAGGAGGCCGAGACCUUACCCGUGACUGGUCUCAUUAUUUUAACACAGUUGGUGUAUUGGUAUUUGGUGCUUCCUGUGCCACCCUGUGUGUGCUCAGUAGUGCACGGGAUAAUAGCGGGGUUCGCGUUGGCGUUGCUCGUGCUUUGGCUGUCAUCCCCUCAGCCCUCCUCAUCAGUGAGCAGAAAAAGGAGGCGAAGGAUAGAGCAAUGGAAUGUGGCCCAGCUGGAUAUUAAGGAACCAGGGAUAUUCAAGGGCUGGAUGAAUGAGAUCCACAGCUAUGACCCGGAGACGUACCACGCCACCCUGACCCACUCCGUUUACGUCCGUCUAGAGGGCUCAGUCCUGCGUCUGUCCAAGCCCAACCGGAACAUCUCCCGUCGUGCCACACACAAUGAGCCUAAACCUGACGUCACUUACAUCAGCCAGAAGAUCUACGACCUGACUGACAGCAAGAUAUACCUGAUGCCUCAGAGCCUGGCUAGGAAGAGAGUUUGGAACAAGAAAUACCCCAUUUGCAUUGAGCUGGCCAAGCAGGAUGACUUCAUGUCCAAGGCCCAGGGAGAGAGGCCUGAAGCUGGGGAAGAAAAAUCGACAGUUCAGAGUGAGAAGGUGGAGAAAACGGACAAGGGUGAGAAGGCAGAUGGAUCGGCGUCAGCAGAGGAACCCAAAAAACCAACCUUUGGAGGCGGGGAUUUGACUAUCUACCUUUUCGGGAGGACGGGUCGGGAAAAGGAAGAGUGGUUCCGUAGAUUUCUUCUAGCAUCCCGAAUGAAAUCAGAGGGAAGAGGUGGCAGUCUGCCUAGCAUCUGCAAGAAUGCCUUCUUACCCUCCCACAGUCGCAGUAGCAGCUUUCAAUCUGUCGGAGGCCUGGAGGCUGACAGCAGGAGCAGCAGCCGGGGAAGCCUGGAGGAGCUGUCUCAGUCUCAGUCUCGUCACAGAGAGACCACCGCCGCUCUCUCCUGUGGCUCUACUGCAGGCUUGAAGCAGAAGAUGCUGUUGGACUAUAAUGUCUACAUGGCCAAAUACGUGAGUCCCCAGGUGCCGCCUAGAAGCCCGACUGCCACUGACAGCGCUAGGAACAGCCCGGAUAGCAGCCCCCAGACUACCAAAAAGCUGCGUAGGAGUUCAGAGGAGACUGCGGAGCCUGAGGCCUGGGUAAAUGCAUUUCUGGGAAGGAUAUUCUGGGACUUCCUGGGAGAGAAAUAUUGGGCCAAUGUAGUCUCCAAAAAGAUCCAAAUGAAGCUCAGUAAGAUCAGGCUGCCAUAUGUUAUGAAUGAGCUGACUCUGACAGAGCUAGACAUGGGCUUCUCCAUUCCUAAGAUCCUCCGUGCCUCCAAACCUUCAGUGGACCACCAAGGUUUGUGGUUUGAUCUGGAGGUCUCCUACACGGGCUCUUUCCUCAUGACGCUGGAGACCAAGAUGAACUUGGCCCGUUUGGGAAAGGAGGGCGAGGGCCUUGGAGAACAUGGGAAAGAUUGGUCAAGGCCACGGACAUACUGUCUGGCAGACAGUGACGAGGAAUCGUCUAGUGCCGGUUCAUCGGACGAGGAGGAUCCUCCAGAACUCCUCAGUGACAAACCUGUUCUGCCUGGAGCAGAGGGUUAUGUGGGAGGCCACAGACCCAGCAAGAUCAUGCGCUUUGUGGACAAGAUAGCCAAGUCGAAGUACUUCCAGAAAGCCACAGAGACGGAGUUCAUCAAGAAGAAGAUGGAGGAAGUAUCCAACACGCCCUUGUUGCUCACUGUAGAGGUGCAAGAGUGCCGCGGGACUCUGGCUGUCAACAUCCCACCUCCCCCCACAGACAGGAUAUGGUAUGGUUUUCGGAGUCCGCCUCACCUGGAGCUCAAAGCACGGCCCAAACUCGGUGAAAGGGAGGUGACGCUGGUGCAUGUAACAGAGUGGAUUGAGAAGAAACUGGAUCAGGAGUUCCAGAAAAUAUUUGUGAUGCCAAACAUGGAUGAUGUGUGGCUACCCAUAAUGCACUCUGCCAUGGAUACGCGUUCAAAUGCCAACUUGUUUACUGUGACAAAUGAUGCCUUGAAGGAUCCAGAACCCGAAUCUGAUGUCUCUGACAUGUGAAGGCACGCUGCUCGAGGUGUUCAAUGACAAGCUUUUUAUCGCCAUGUCCCCGCCCCGUCUCAGAGAUCACAGCUCCAGCAGUGGGCUCGGUCGGCUCCCUGGUAUUUUUACCAGUACUCCAGUCCUGCUGUCGCACCGCUCCAUGAAGGCUGUGCUUCAAAACGAUCUGAAAUCUACUCAUAUCUGGCUAUUAAAAGCAAACAGAAGAGAACAGUGACUCACAGACUGCCGAUCAUUCACACAGUUUUAGUGUGACAUCAAAUAUUAUGAUUCACUCUGAUGAAAUUACUUUUUUGAGGGACAUGGUUAAAGUGUGUGUGUGUGUGUGUGUGUGUGUGUGUGUGUGUGUGUGUGUGUGUGUGUGUGUGUGUGUGUGUGUGUGUGUGUGUGUGUGUCAUGGUGGAUUGACAAAUAGCCAUCCGAUCCAACCAGAGGAACCAUAAUACCUGUGAUGUACAGCUGCCCCAAACGUGAUAGUUGUACAGUGUAAACCUUUUAUGUGACGUUUCUAAUUGACUGGUUUAUUGUUACUAUAACUCUUUAAGAACUCCUGGGGCCACUAAACGAAGAUUGUGUAUAUCUGAGCGAGCAAACACCUGACAGAAUAUUCCUUUAAAUUCGCAGGCGAUUUCGCCGAAAACCCCAGCAUCUGUGAUUACAUGUUUCACAGGGAUGUCGAGACACAUUUAUCAACCACUCACACUGCUGCCUGUGCCGGCUGCCUGGCACCUAUAUGCAAACCAAUCAACGGCUCUGCGUCUAUAAGACACCGGGCCUGUUUAGAAUAAAGGACUGUCAUUAUGCUUUUUACCUGUGUCAUAGGACUUACAGAGGAGUCGUGUGAAUUGAAGUACAUCUGCAAACGCAGCAGCAAAACAUUGCCUAGGUCUAUUGAAUGUAUACAUAGGAAUGCAGCUCUUUAGCUGUGCAAUGGAAUAGCUCAUUCACUGAAAACGUGCUUCUAAGCAACAUGUUUCAAGCGCUCUUUUCGUGUUAUGUUCAGAGUCGACAAAAAGUAAUAAUUUUCUAUUUUUUAUUGCCAAAGCAAUCUUUCAGUGUGGUUUAAAGAAAGAAACCAGAGGGUUGUGUAUGAGGUAAACAGAAAUUCAGAAGACGGAGAAAAAUAAUCUGCAGGGAGUGAUUUUAAUGAGCAGGAGACUGAAACACUUUUAGUUUAAAUGGAAACACAUAAACUCAGAAAUGUGUAGUUUAAAGAGCUGGGACAUCCACUCUUGCUGUUUUAUUUUAAAUCAAUAACAUACUGGAUAUUAGCCAUAUUAUUUAAUGCUCUCAGCAGACAUCCAGCUAAUGAAUGCUCCGUUUCUGUUGAAUUAUUUAUUGAUUUCCUUUUUUUAAAUGCUGUCUACUGUUGUACACAUUAAAGAAAAACAUGACAUACACUAGAACUACAGGAUCUUUGUAAUCUGCCAAGACGCCCUGCUUUACAGGUGACUUUUACUUUAUAUGUCCAGACAUGUGUGUUGACAAGUGUAUGAGGCAGAAAGUGCCUUUAAAGUAAAUUAAACAUUCCUCCAUAGUGAGCCGCCGUGUUUCUUGCAUCAGUUGAGAAUAGGAAAAGGGGAAAAAAAAGUCUUUGUGCCAUUACUGUGUCUGUUAAGACAUGCCCAUUUUGGUUUUUCAUGUCUCGGUGUUGUUUAUUUGCACAAGUGAUGACAAUAUCAAACAUUGCUGUUGUGUUCAGUGAUGUUGCAGAAUGUUACGUUUCUGAUCAUUGUGGAUCAAUAAAAUCUUUUUGCUCGGAAA